GUGGACAAAAAACAAACAACAGAAUAAAAAUGAAAUAUAUAAAUGGAAAUCAUAAAUCCAAAUCAGCACAGCCAACAGUUUAAAAAAAGAAAAAAAGAAGGAAGAAAGAAAGAAAGAACGAAACUCAUAGCUCCGACCUCUCAGUUAGUCUCAUCUUUUCCGAUUCCCAAUGCCCUUCGUUUCAUUACACACCAAGCCUUCUCCCAUUCGACCAGCCGGCGAACCACCGUCCAUCACCUUCCCUCCAGAUAGGCUUCCAAUCUCGCCGAUGGAUCUCACGACCUACUCUGGCGGUUGCUCUUCCUCAUCACUCUGAACACUAAUUAUCAUCAAGAUAACCUUGGCGCUCUGUUUUCCUACUUCAUUUCACCAGAGCGACGCCUGUUCUCUCGGUUCAAGUAUUCAGUGGAUUGAUUGCCUGCAACUCCGUUGAUUCUUCUGUUUUCGCCUGGUUUGCGUGGGAAUUUCGAGCUCUUGGGGGUAUGAAGUUUUUGUAAGCAGAUUGGGAGAAGCUAGCGAGUGGGGAAGAAUUCUUGUUGUGUGUUGGGGACUUUCUUUUUUGGUUUAGUAAUGGUGUCUGGAAAUGACCCGAUGGAGCCUUUCCUCAAUUCAAUUCAAUUGGUGAGGGACGCUUUUACGCCCUUCGAGUUGGGAAUCCGAAAAGCUGCUAGAGAUCUUGAAAACUGCUGGGGGAGCGGCGGUUGGAAUAAUGACAAGGGUUUUAUGCACGAAUUGAGUUGCGGGGAAGGUGGGAAUGGUGUUCACAGCAACGCACAGAUCCUUGCCGUGGAGAAGAAGAGUGCCUGUAAUGGUGGUUGUGGUGGUAUGGCUGAAGAGAGGAAGAAAGGUUUAUCCAUCAGAGUUCCUGUUAGAGCUUUGCUGGGGUUGUUUUCCCCUAAUUUGGAGCAAGAGCGUAAGCGCAAUGGUGGCAACAAGGCUGAGGUGUCAAAGAAGGGGAGCAAAGGGAAGGGAGAGGGGAACUUAGAUGACUCUUGUACAAACUGCUUGAAGUUUGCUGUCACUUGGUCCGUGUUGGUCAAUGGAUUUGUUCAAGCGCUCCCUGUUCCUUUCAAGAACAGCAAGAAAAGGGUGGUUAAAGUGGCUGAUGAUGACAAAGUUAAUCUGCAGCUGUGCAACCAAGGGUCCAAUCCCAUCGAGGAUGGACUGAAGCAAAGAGAGUCGAACGCUCAGUAUGUAAAAGUUCUUCACAAGCAGAACUGGAAUGGGAAUGGUAAAGAGGGGAAGCAUGUAUCGGUUGAAUGUCUUAUAGGUUUUCUGUUUGAUCAUCUAGUUCAUAAUCUACAGAAAUUGGAUCAGAGUUUGCAGGAGAAUGAGAACAAGUCUUGUUAUUGCGAGUGUUCAAACCAACCACCGGUAACCUCACAUUUUGACCACCUGAAAGCUUUCAUGAGCCUUUGGGAGGCUCGCAGGAUAGAGGUGAAUGGAUUUUUGGGGAACUUAAGCUUUGCAAGAGUUGGUAGUGUUCCCCCGACUAUCGUUGGGGUGUCUUCUUCAGUGAACGAAGAAGGCGAUGAUGGUGCCAAUGCUGGCAGUACCAAAGAGACCGGGAGUGGUUUACCUCAGAAGCUGCUGGCAGGUGGUUUACUCAGUAUUCCCUUGUCCAAUGUGGAACGUUUGAGAUCAACCUUAUCUACCGUCUCAUUGACAGAGUUAAUGGAGCUUGUCCCACAACUGGGAAGGGCUUCCAAAGAUCAUCCUGACAAGAAAAAGCUGUUCUCUGUACAGGAUUUUUUCAGAUACACAGAGUCUGAAGGAAGGAGAUUCUUUGAGGAAUUGGAUAGAGAUAGUGAUGGUCAAGUGACUCUGGAAGAUCUUGAAAUGGCUAUGAGAAAGAGGAAGUUACCCAGGAAUUAUGCUAGAGACUUCAUGCGCCGUGCUAGAAGUCAUUUAUUUUCAAAAUCUUUUGGUUGGAAGCAGUUUCUGUCACUGAUGGAACAGAGGGAACCAACUAUUCUUCGUGCAUAUACUUCUCUUUGUUUGAGCAAGUCUGGUACCCUAAAAAGGAGCGAAAUACUGGCAUCACUUGAAAAUGCUGGACUUCCAGCUAAUGAGGAGAAUGCUAUGGCUAUGAUGCGAUUCCUGAAGGAAGAUGCAGAAGAAUCUAUCUCUUAUGGGCAUUUUAGGAAUUUUAUGCUUUUGUUGCCUUCUGAUCGUCUUCAAGAUGAUCCCAGGAGCAUAUGGUUUGAAGCUGCAACUGUUGUUGCUGUUGCUCCGCCUGUGGAAAUACCGGCUGGAAGUGUUUUACGGUCUGCUUUGGCUGGGGGUCUCUCGUGUGCACUUUCCACAUCUCUGAUGCAUCCUGUUGAUACUGUAAAGACUCGUGUGCAAGCUUCAACUUUGACAUUCCCGGAAAUCAUUUCGAAGCUUCCACAAGUUGGAGUCCAAGGAUUAUACCGGGGUUCUAUACCUGCAAUUGUGGGACAGUUCUCCAGCCAUGGCCUGCGGACGGGGAUAUAUGAAGUUAGUAAACUUGUGCUGAUCAAUGUUGCCCCCACUCUCCCAGACAUCCAGGUGCAAUCGAUAUCAUCAUUUUGUAGCACAUUUUUGGGGACGGCAGUGAGAAUUCCUUGUGAGGUGUUGAAGCAGCGUUUGCAGGCUGGUCUUUUUGACAACGUGGGAGAAGCAAUUGUGGGUACUUGGCAACAAGAUGGUCUAAAGGGUUUCUUUCGUGGUACCGGGGCUACCCUUUGCCGUGAAAUCCCAUUCUAUGUGGUUGGCAUGGCCCUUUACGAAGAAUCCAAAAAGGUUGCUCAACAAAUGCUGAGGCGAGAGCUGGAACCUUGGGAGACAAUCACCGUUGGAGCUUUAUCUGGUGGACUGACCGCUGUGUUAACGACACCUUUUGACGUGAUGAAGACAAGAAUGAUGACGGCCCCUCGAGGAAGACAACUACCAAUGUCAAUGGUUGCUUACUCUAUACUCCGCCGCGAGGGCCCCCUUGGGCUAUUCAAGGGAGCAGUGCCAAGGUUUUUCUGGAUCGCUCCCCUGGGUGCCAUGAACUUUGCUGGCUAUGAGCUGGCAAGGAAGGCCAUGACCAAAAGCGAGGAAACAGCAGCAAGCGAGGAUCUGUCUCAGAAGAAGUUGACCAGUGCCGGCUAGAAGAAAAUGUCAUGUAGUUGUAUAAACCAGAGCCUCCAGGUUUUUUGUCCAUCGAGUGGCUGGAAAAUUUUUGUGCUUUUCAGCAGCGUAGUUCAUCAUCCGUCGACGAUUCCCCUUUGCUCGACUCAGUUUACAUCUUCCUCUUUGUUUCAAGCUCAUUUGCUAUACCGUUACAGUGGCAGGACUCUCCAUGGGUUACACAUUGAUAUCUCUUUGUAUCUUCCCAGACUCAAAAGUCUCAUUUUUGUAAACAAUCCUGUAUCCAUCAGGUUUUUAACAUGUUUUGUUCUGAAUUUUGUGAAAUGAGCUGUAUAUAUGUAUGCAUGCUUACUUUAAUUUUAGAAUCAUAAAAGAUACUUACAGGUAGUACUCUUGCCCGUACUGUUUUUUUGUCUGUCAGUCU